AAUUUUAAGUGAUAUUCUGUGUCUCUGCUUGGGUACCUUCGACUACGACUAAGAAAGGCUUCCUCUGAAAUUGGUGCACCAUUCUGUGUAUCUUUCAUCUGUGGUUUGUCUGUGGUAAUUCUCCGCGUGGCUGCCUGUAAUGAAUACGCAUGGUUCUUGGCGCGGAAUAGAUUUUGUUCGAAGAUGUUUUGUGCAGUGCUUUUGCAUAUAGGGAUUAUGAUGUCCUGAGGGAUGGUAUUUUAAAUGUGCUGCGUGUUUAUGCUGAAUUUAGGCGUUCGAGGAAUGAAUCGCAUUCUGUUAAAUUGGCUGAAUUUGUCAUGAAGGACUAGCCCUACGCAUCUUGAUCUCCCUUCUAUUUGUGAAAGCAUUUCAAGUCGUGCAGUUUGUAGAACACGUUUUCUAUUUUGCUCUCUCUCAAUCCGUGUGGUCUUGCCUUUGCUGUUGUUAUUGCUCCGCCUAUCAUCUUCUUCUCUGGGGUCGCGGACAGGAAAGAGUUACUAACCCAGGAUAGAGUGCUGCUUGAUCUUUGCAGUGGAUUCAUUUAGUAUCCCUUGUCCUUUUGGUGAUGGCCACUAAGAAAAUCAUAGCCAUAUGCCAAUCUGGAGGGGAGUUUGUGACCCACAAAGAUGAUGGAUCUUUAUUCUAUAAUGGUGGAGAAGCUUAUGCUCUGGACCUUGAUCAGCAGACCCAAUUGAAAGAUUUCAAGCAGGAACUUGCUGAAACUUUUCAAUGCAAUAUUGAUGCUAUGGCAAUCAAAUAUUUUCUUCCGGGAAACAGAAAGACCUUGAUUACCAUAUCUAAGGAUAAAGAUCUCAAGCGCAUGGUUAAUUUCUUCAAGGACUCUGAUCAAGUUGAGGUCUUUGUAAUUGCUGAAGACGCUGCUGCCCGGAAUGUUUCCUACAUGCCCACCAGUAGGUCCAGCAGGACAACUGUGUCUGAGACAGCAGUUCCUUCUGAUGCCCCCAUGGUUGAUGCAAUUGUUUUUGACGAGCCCAUUGAAACUACUUCACUUGGUAUUUGUCAUUUUGGCAAUGAAGAGAAGCAUCGAAAAGCAGCAACUCAAUGGGAGAAUAUCAUAACUGGUGUGGACCAGAGAUUCAAUACCUUUGCUGAAUUCCGUGAAGCGCUUCAUAAGUACUCUAUUGCCCAUGGUUUCACAUACAAAUAUAAAAAGAAUGAUAGCCACCGUGUUACUGCCAAGUGCAAAACAGAAGGCUGUCCAUGGCGAAUCUACGCAUCUAGGUUGGCAACUACACAGUUAAUUUGUAUCAAAAAAAUGAAUCCUGAGCAUACUUGUGAAGGGGCCACUGUGAAAGCUGGUUACAGGGCCACUAGGGGAUGGAUAGGGAAUAUAAUAAAGGAAAAAUUGAAAGUUUCCCCAAAUUACAAACCAAAGGAUAUUGCCAGUGAUAUUAAGCGUGAUUAUGGAAUUCAGUUGAACUAUACGCAGGCAUGGCGUGCCAAGGAGAUUGCAAGAGAACAGCUUCAGGGGUCUUAUAAAGAAGCAUACUCUCAAUUGCCAUAUUUUUGUGAGAGUAUAGUGGAGACAAAUCCAGGUAGUCGGGCUACUUUCAGCACAAAGGCAGAUUCAAGCUUCCAUCGAUUUUUCGUAUCCUUUCAUGCUUCAAUAGCUGGUUUUCACCAAUGCCGUCCGCUUCUAUUUCUUGAUAGCACUCUUCUUUACUCGAAAUAUCAAGGAACAUUAUUAGCUGCAACAGCUGCAGAUGGGAAUGAUGACUUUUUUCCUGUUGCUUUUGCUGUGGUUGAUGAAGAAACUGAGGAUAACUGGCAUUGGUUUCUUUCUCAACUGAAAUCUGCUCUGUCAACAUCGGAACAAAUUACUUUUGUUUCUGAUUUUCAGAAAGGCAUAAAAGAGUCCUUGCUUGAUAUAUUUGGCAAGGAAUGCCAUCAUGGUUACUGUUUACGUUGUCUUGCAGAGAAGCUUAUUAAAGACCUCAAAGGACAAUUUUCGCAUGAUGCAAGACGCCUCAUGGUUCAGGAUUUGUAUGCUGCUGCCUAUGCACCAAAGCUUCAGGUGUUUGAAAGGUGUAUUGAUAAUAUAAAGGCUAUCUCUGUUGACGCCUAUAAUUGGGUGGUUAACAGCGAACCAGAUCACUGGGCGAAUGCAUUUUUUGGUGGGGCUAGAUAUAACCAUAUGACAUCUAACUUCGGCCAACAGUUUUACAGUUGGGUGUCUGAGGUUGACGAGUUGCCUAUAACUCAGAUGGUCGAUGUGUUGCGCGGAAAGAUUAUGGAACUCAUAUAUAGACGACGACUUGAAUCCAGCCAAUGGGUUACAAGAUUAACACCUGUUAUGGAAGAUAAACUUCAGCAUGAGAUGUCAAAAGCAAGAUCACUUCAAGUGCUACUCUCACAUGGUAGUAUAUUUGAGGUCCGUGGUGAAUCAGUUAACCUAGUUGACAUAGAUCACUGGGACUGUUGUUGCAAGGGAUGGCAGCUUACUGGAUUACCUUGCUGUCAUGCUAUUGCUGUUCUCGAAUGCCAUGGCAGGAGUCUUUAUGAUUAUUGCUCUAGAUUUUUCAUGACUGAAAGUUAUCAACUAACUUACACCGAGUCAAUCAACCCUAUGCCAAAUGUGGAGAAACCAGAGCAAAGUGAGUUGCAAGAAGCAACUAUUGUGAAUCCACCUCCUACUAAACGCCCGCCAGGCAGGCCCAAGUUGAAGCUGGUCGAAUCUGUGGAUAUCAUCAAACGACAGCUCCAGUGUAGUAAAUGCAAGGGACUGGGGCAUAAUAAGAAAACAUGCAACAAAGGGAACGGGCUUGGUGAACCACAUCAUCCACUUUUGACAUGUCUGGGCUCGGAAGAACCUGAAGGAAGUACUUGAGUUUCACUUCUCUUUUUAUUUUUUUUUGGCUACUUGAUAAUGGCCUUCAUGACUGAAGGACAUUAAUGAGUGAUUUUAGAUAGUUUGUGGAAUGAGCAAACUCAUUGUUGUUGAUUCGUAAUGACUCUUCUUUGUUCCAACCACCAUUGUAACCUUUUCGCCCCUCUAGCAAAAGUGAACCAGUUUUUGUUUCUAGUCUAUAAAAUAGAGUCGAGGCUUUUUGGGAUUGGUAACUUGUUCUAUAUGUGCUUUCGAUUUAACCAAGUUCAGAUCAGAGCUUCCAUAUUUGCUGAACUUAAAUUACAUUGCAAGAUGAAGAUAUGGACACCCCUUGCAGUAUCAUUUAGUUUGGAGUGCACUGAGUAGAUACACCACAGUUUGGUCGGCAUCCGCACGAAGAAAUGCAGUUGUCGAAGACGACAGGUUCUGUUAUGAGUGCUACGAUUAAUACAUUAGAACUAGAAGUAUACUAGUUUUGUGUUCUUGUGAGAUAUUGAAACCUGAAGACUGAAAUAUCUUCCUUUAUGUGUUUUGGAUCACUACUAUAUUAAUUUGAAUUUGAUUGUGUUGACAUCUUAA